UAUAACAUGUUUACAACCUGUUUCUAUCUAUUUAUCUGUACGUUUGUUUCAUCGAGGCUAGUCUCAAAGUGUCAUCUAAUGCGUUUAUCCAAUGGAAUGAACUUUACUACAGUGGCACCACGGUCGAAAGCGUCUAAUUGCAGAAAUCUUGUGUGGUUUUCUAUUCUCAUGUAAUGAUUGACCAUGGAGUUGUUCAUUUAUUUUGGUUGUUCACAUGCCCGGUUGUGUUUUGAGGUAUAGUUUUGAUGUUGUUGUUAAUGACAAAGUUUUCACUGUAAAGAAUGUACAGCUAUCAAGUAAAUCAGUAAAUGUUUCAAAGAUAUCCGGGCAUCCAGCCUGGCUAUCAAACCUCCGUGGAUAUUAAAAAAAAAAAAAAAAAAAAAAAAAAAAAAAAGAGAGAAAGAGUGCUGCCAGCCCCCCUGGCAGUGUCUUGCUCCACAGGACUAGCAGCCCUCAGGGAACCAAGCUCUGUCUUGCCAGGGCUUAUGUGGACGAGGGUUGUUGGCUUUUGUCAGAGUGCUGGGGACGCAGGGCCAGGCGCUCGGCACGGCUCUGCCCCCAGGCCUUACUUCACACGGCCAUCCUGUCUUGCAAUUAUUUUUCUUUGUUUCAGUCACUCACCUUGUAAUAUGCAUGAAUCUGAAAAGGAAAACAGUCACAGCAAGAAAUGAAACAAUGGUGUUAUCUUUCAAACUCUUCAGGCAUAUAAUUGACCAAAAUUUCCAUUUUGGUUAUUCUUCUGAAGAGGAACUCGUGAAGAGUUCAGAAAAUUACGAUAUUGUUUGAUUUCUUAUUGUGGCUGUUUUCUUUUUCAUCUUCGUGUACACAUUACUGUGUUUGUGUUUGUGUUCAUGCAGGAAUCUCGUUAUCUUCCAUCGCAAAUGAUAAUGAAGUAUUGCUAAUUGUUUAUGAAGUGACCUCACCCAUCUGAGACAGACCUUAUUAUUCAAACCACUUUGAGGAGUCCCCAAACAACACCAUAUGAUCCAGGAUGCUUCCAAACCUGGGAGCUUCACCCCAGACCCCACUGAUGCCUCUUUCAUGAUUCGCUGUUUGCCCUGGACCCCAUUGCCGUGGACUUACUUCCCAUGCGGCACUAGUUGUAGCAUAUUUUCUUCCUCUCUUCUGUUAUUCAUUGCCUAUGCAAAUUAUUUCAUAUAUCUGUGAAUAUAGUUUUUCCUUUCUUUUUUUAAAAUAUGGUUUAAUUUUCCUGUAAAUGUAUAAUUAAGUAUUUCAUGUUGCACAACUUUCUUAUUAUCAGCUUGUGAAAAUUGUCUUGUUUUCUGUUGUCUCCCUUACAAGCAGAAUUUACGUUGUACCAUAUGGCUGUGUGAAACUGAACCUAUACCAAGAGAACAACAUAUACCCAAUAGACUUGGGUAAUAAACAGGUGUUAUAAUCAUGAGAAAGAUCCUUAAUUGGUAGUCACUGAAGAUAUUAUAAUAUUUACCUAGAAAUAUUUUGAUGUUUUCACAUUUAUGUAAGAAAUCUAUUGAAAUAUGGGACCUAGAACCUGACUAGAAGCUUAGUAAUAAAAGGUGAAUUGAGAAUAUAGGAAUGGAAAACUUGCAUCAAACUUCAAAUUAAAGAAGUAAUAAAGGAAAAUGAAAAAAAAGAAAAUUUCAGAUUAACCCCAAUGUCUGUGGGUGUAUGUACUGUCCCCUUUAUAAUUUUGAGUUUUGUUACAUACAGGUGUGCUCAGCCACCAAGGAGUCUAUCAGUUGCCCCUAGUGACUGUGCCUGAUUGCCCCAGUCCUUGAAUUUGCAGGAAAAUGUGUUUUUCUUUCUAAUACUAUUAAUAUUGACAUUGUUAUCACUCUUAUUGAUAUUAUGAUUAUUAAAUUAUUAUUAGAAUAUUAAUAAUAUUAAAGGCAAUAAAAUAAUAGAAAUGAAGCUUCAAAAAAUGAAGGAAAAGGGUAAACAGGUGAGAUUGAUAAGACUAACAGCUGACUCCUUGAUGAUUAAACACUUGUAGAGCCAUCUAUGUGUAAAGGCAAUAGAUGAACUUUUAUUACAGUGGGCUUGGCAUUGUAGUCUUGCGACCUGUGCAAAUUAGGUGAAGAUAAUUGAAAACUGUAUAAAUAAUAAACAUUUAAACUUUUUUUUCAACUGGCCCUGCAAGAUCUGAUGUGCUGCUGUGUCAGUGUUGCAGAAAUCUUGUCUAAAUUUCCUAAAGAUCACAGUACAGAUGAUGCAAACCUUCCAAAUGCCCUAUCAGGGGCCAGUCUUUGGACCCCUACCCCCUGGAUAUUUCCCAGCUGGGUGCAAGCCUCUGGACCCCCUUCCCUGGAGGGGGAAGUGGCAAAAGAGCAGUACAAAGUUCACUUUAAUGGAGGGAGGUGCACAUGGUGGCGAAAGCACAAUAGCUGGCCUGCUUCUGACUUUAGGAACACCAGCAGCAGUUGUCAUUGCUGUUGUUGCUGGAUUCUGCCUGGCAAAGCUCCAACCAACAUCACAGAAAAGGCACCCAAUUGAGUCAGAUCAGGAUCCAGGAACAAGAAUGGUUCGCGUGCGGAGAUCGGCUUCCGAUAAUGAAUGCCCAAUAUGUAUGGAUCCGGCAAAGUUUGCUGUGGAAACUAAUUGUGGGCAUAUGUACUGCUGGCUCACACCCCAAUUGGGUUUACUCAUGGGUUGCCUCACAUGUGAGUUCCUGACUCUCUACGGCCAGCUUCAGGACCUCCCAACAAUCCUGCGGCACAUCUGGGCUGAGUUGUUCACUUGGCGUGGUGUAGAGAUGAUCUCCCGCUUCAGAGUUUUGAUAUGCAUAGUCACAGCCAUCAUUUAUGCCAUCAUGCCCAUUGAUCUCAUCCCUGAAGCCUUUGUUGGCCUCUUGGGGCUCAUAGACGAUGUAAUUGUCAUAGCUUUCUUGUUAAUACAAGUCAGUGUCGUUUAUCGCACUGUAGUGGCCAAUAGAGAUUGGUAAUAGAUCAUAUUAGCAUAAAAAAAAAAAUCUUGGCUUUGAAUGAGCUUUAAUGUCUAUACUAAUGUAUAUACAAUGCAUAUUAACAACAAGGGAGUAAACUGUUUUUUUAUUGUUUGAGUGCCUUCAGUUUUCUCCUCUUUAAGUUUCUUUUUAUCACUAGGGUAAUUUCCUUAAUGAAAACUGGGAAAAUACUUGGUUAUUCAAGGAUCUGUGUAAAAGGAAAAUGUUGAUAAUAUAUUUUUCCUCACAAACUUUAUGGUUCAACUUGAAACAUUUUCAAUUUUAAUGCUACCCAUAGAACAAAUUUUAUAAUAGAAAAAAUAUAUAAAUAAAAAAAUAUAAAUAAAAAAAGAUAUAUAUAUAUAUAUAUAUAUAUAUAUAUAUAUAUAUAUAUACAGAAGAAGCAAGAACUUUGGCUAAGAGAAACAUUUGGGCCAUGAUAUGAUUGCAUAACGGACUACAGACACCUACAAGGGUAGCUUUACGUUGAAGGAAAUAAGGACAAAGAUGUGUAAGAAAAUUGUCAGAUGGUGGGGAUCAAAUCCAAAAUGUUAGGCACCAUGUGAAAAAUGUUUAAAAUUCUUGCUUCUUCUGUAAAUGAUCGAAAAUAAGUCUUUUCUUAUUUAUGUGCUUUCAUAUAUGUCAUGGUGCUAUCACUUACCCUAAAGGGAUUGUUUUUCUUUGUUUUCCUUUAUCUAUUAUAGGCUGUGGUGUUUGAAAAUACUUUUUUUUCCCCUUAGACAGUUGUAUUUUAUUAUUUGAAUCGGUUUGAUUUGCGUUUUGCUGAUAACAGUACAUUUGCAAU